AUGGUGUGGAAACGGCUGGGCGCGCUGGUGGUGUUCCCUCUGCAGAUGAUCUAUCUGGUGGUGAAGGCUGCGGUUGGACUGGUGCUGCCCGCCAAGCUGCGGGACCUGUCCCGGGAGAACGUCCUCAUCACCGGCGGCGGCAGAGGCAUCGGGCGCCAGCUAGCUCGCGAGUUCGCAGAGCGCGGCGCCAGAAAGAUUGUUCUGUGGGGCCGGACUGAGAAAUGCCUGAAGGAGACGACGGAGGAGAUUCGGCAGAUGGGCACCGAGUGCCACUACUUCAUCUGUGAUGUGGGCAACCGGGAGGAGGUGUACCAGACGGCCAAGGCGGUGCGGGAGAAGGUGGGUGACAUCACCAUCCUGGUGAACAACGCUGCCGUGGUCCACGGGAAGAGCCUGAUGGACAGCGAUGAUGAUGCCCUUCUGAAGUCCCAGCACAUCAACACCCUGGGCCAGUUCUGGACCACCAAGGCCUUCCUGCCGCGGAUGCUGGAGCUGCAGAACGGCCACAUCGUGUGUCUGAACUCCGUGCUGGCGCUCUCCGCCAUCCCCGGCGCCAUCGACUACUGCACAUCCAAAGCCUCAGCCUUCGCCUUCAUGGAGAGCCUGACCCUGGGGCUGCUGGACUGUCCGGGCGUCAGCGCCACCACCGUGCUGCCCUUCCACACCAGCACCGAGAUGUUCCAGGGCAUGAGGGUCAGGUUCCCCAACCUCUUCCCCCCACUGAAGCCGGAGACGGUGGCCCGGAGGACAGUGGAAGCCGUGCAGCUUAAUCAGGCCCUCCUCCUACUGCCGUGGACGAUGCACGCCCUCAUUAUCUUGAAAAGCAUACUCCCACAGGCUGCCCUCGAGGAGAUCCACAAAUUCUCAGGAACCUACACCUGCAUGAACACUUUCAAAGGGCGGACAUAA